CUCUCUUUCACCCUCUUUUUCUCUGCACUCGCUCGCCCGCCUGCUCCGAUUCUCUGCAUUCUUACCCAUAUUGCGCAACCGCCUUUGGUCUUUUGCUCGAGUCGAUCAGUCUUCCUGUUGCCACGAGAGGAGCUCUGUCAGUACUUAGAUAAGAGGGGGAUAGAGAGCCAGGGAUAGAGAGAAGGAGAGAGAGGGAAAGCUGCAGAGAAAGAGAGAGACAGAGGGAGAGAAGAACUUGACUGUUGAAGAACUUUAUAUGUGUGACACCAAAAGUUGUGUGGAAACCAAGACACGGGAGACUUGAGUCUGCAAGAGAGCGAGCCCGCGCGAGAGAGGAACUUGCGUAUUGCAGAGGAAAACCGUAAACAACUUUUUUCUUCCGUAAGAAGACCAGAAAAAGGACCUGCUCAGAAGCAAAGAACAGUAAGAGAAAGAAGCACGCUGAAAACAAGAAAGAGAGAGAGAGGGAGAGGGGGAGGGGGAGAGAGAGCCAUGCCUAAGGGUUCACAGUUGACUGUCCAAAAGGUGUGAACAGAAACACAGAAACAGACUUGUGUGUACGUGAGGCUCUGAGGAAAAGGAGAAGCUGCUGGUUGUGGGACGUCCCUGUGUGUUUAUAUGUGUGUGUUUGUGUGUAGUCAAAGACGGCCUCUAUAUACACACACACACACACGCAGGACACACACACAUACCCAUGACACACACACACACACAGCCAGAUACUCCCCUGCCAGCCUUUACAAGAGCAACGGACAAACACAGCACCAAACUGCCGUGGGAGCUGCAUGGUCACGAUCUAAACGAUGAUAAGAACUCGUCUGUCGCAGAGACGUCAAAGAACCAGUGGCACACUCUGGCUGCAGGAUUAAGGGCCAGUUGAGGAGGAGACCUCGGGGCUGGAGGGACCAGAGCGGGAGGUGUGGAUAGGGACCAGGGCGACUGCUUAAAGGACCGCUGCUGUCUGGGACAGGAAGACACAGGCACUGGGGAGGUGGGACACAGGAGAUUUCCUCAGUGGAGGCCCCGACGGAAGGCCCGAGUGACGGCAGAGCGAGCGUUUCACUAAAAGUGCUGGAGUGGGUGAAAAGCUCACGGUGCGAAAGGCGAUACAAACUAAGUUGACAGGAGACCACUUACCCCAGACAGACUCUCUCUCUCUCUCACACGCACAGCCUGUCUGCGCUGUGAUGGCACAGAAGAAACUGAUGUGGCAGAUUGGAGCGGAGGAGGGUGAGGCUGACGACCUCGUGUCCGGGGAAUUUGCCCCGUCCUCACCGGUCAGCUCCCCGCCGAUCUCUGAACCAGGUCGCAGCAGCUGUGGGAAUGCCCUCUUCAGACGCAUGAGGCUCAACCGCAGCAUUCAGGAGCGCAGACGCUCUCUCCACCGGGGUUUCAGUUUCGAUGGGGAGAAUGGGCCAUCUCCUGGCCGCAGUCCCAUGGAUUCGCAGGCGAGUCCAGGCCUGGUGCUCCAUCCGUCCUUCCCGCAGAGCCAGCGGCGGGAGUCCUUCCUGUACCGCUCCGACUCGGACUAUGACAUGUCGCCCAAGACCAUGUCCCGCAACUCCUCCAUCAACAGCGAGUGCCAUGCUGAGGACCUCAUAGUUACUCCUUUUGCUCAGGUGUUGGCCAGCCUCCGAACUGUAAGAAGCAACUUCACCAUUCUCGCCAAUGUCACCACCUCACCUACUACUAACAAUGUGUCAUCUGUGCUGUGUGAUGGUCGCCUCAUGUCUCCCCCCUGGAGUAGCCGACUCUGCUACGGAUCCGGUCUUGAUCUGGUGCCAAUGUCAGGAUCUGUGCCAGACUGUUCCACUUCAGCGUCAGAUCCGUGCCAGUCCUGCGCCAGAUUCGCGCCGGCUCUGUCUCAGGGUCAGCUUCUCUCUGGGAGGGAUUGCAUGGCUGCCCAUCCUCCCCAGAUUCCUCUCUACAAUAACCGCUGCCUGUACAUGUCUGACCAAGCCCUCAUUCUGAGGAAGAGGCCUCCAUGCGUCGGCGUGUGUUAUGCUGACCCGUCAAGCGUGGAGCCUGUCAGAAACCCGUCCGGCUGUGACACCUCUCCUGGGAGGUCACCAGUGACAAGCCAACCCACUGUUCCCAAGGCAACGCUCUCUGAUGAGACGUACCAGCAGAUGGCCCGAGAGACCCUGGAGGAGCUGGACUGGUGUCUGGACCAGCUGGAGACCAUUCAGACGCACCGCUCCGUCAGCGAGAUGGCCUCCAACAAGUUUAAGAGGAUGUUAAAUAGGGAGCUCUCCCACCUGUCGGAGAUGAGUCGCUCUGGGAACCAGGUGUCUGAGUACAUCUCCACCACUUUCCUGGACAAACAGAAUGAUGUGGAGAUCCCAUCGCCCACCUUGUCGGAGCGGGAGAAGCCCAUGUGCCGCAUCAGUGGUGUGAAGAAGCUCACACACAGCACCAGCCUGACCAGCUCCAGCCUGACCGACGCCACCAUGCCCCGCUUCGGAGUCAAGACUGAGCACGAGGAGUCACUGGCCAGGGAGCUGGAUGACUUGAACAAGUGGGGCCUUAAUAUCUUCCAUGUGGCGGAGUACUCCAACAACAGACCACUCAGUUGCAUCCUGUACGCCAUUUUCCAGGAGCGGGAUUUGUUCAAGACGUUUCGGAUCCCCAUGGACACGUUUGUGACCUACGUGAUGACCCUGGAGGACCACUACCAUGCCAACGUGGCCUACCACAACAGCCUGCAUGCCGCCGAUGUCACGCAGUCCACACAUGUGCUGCUCUCCACCCCUGCCCUGGACGCUGUGUUCACUGACCUUGAAAUUCUGGCAGCGUUGUUCGCUGCUGCCAUUCAUGAUGUGGACCAUCCUGGAGUCUCCAACCAGUUCCUCAUUAAUACUAACUCAGAGCUGGCGCUGAUGUACAACGAUGAGUCAGUCCUGGAGAACCAUCACCUGGCCGUGGGCUUCAAGCUCCUACACGAGGAGAACUGCGACAUCUUCCAGAGUCUGAGCAAGAGGCAACGGCAGAGCCUCCGCAAGCUCGUCAUUGACAUGGUGUUGGCGACGGACAUGUCCAAACACAUGAGCUUGUUGGCCGACUUGAAGACGAUGGUGGAGACAAAGAAAGUGACAAGCUCUGGAGUGCUGCUGCUGGACCACUACACUGAUCGCAUCCAGGUGUUGAGGAACAUGGUGCACUGCGCUGACCUGAGUAACCCCACCAAGCCUCUGGCUGUGUACCGCCAGUGGACAGAGCGCAUCAUGGAGGAGUUCUUCAGGCAGGGGGACAAGGAGCGAGAGAGGGGCAUGGAGAUCAGCCCAAUGUGUGACAAACACACCGCCUCAGUGGAGAAGAGUCAGGUGGGCUUCAUCGACUACAUCGUCCACCCCCUGUGGGAGACGUGGGGUGACCUGGUGCACCCAGAUGCCCAGGACAUGCUGGACACACUGGAGGACAACAGGGACUGGUACCAGAGCACCAUCCCCCAGAGCCCGUCACCGCCGGCCGACCACCCGCACAACCAGCUGGACGCCUGCGUGGACAAGUUCCAGUUCGAGCUGACGCUGGAGGACUCCAGCGAGGGCGGCGGUGGAGGUGGGAUGGAGGCAGGUGAGCAGGAGGCGGAGCAGGGAGACGAGCCCAGCCAGAACCACGUGGACCGCAGAGAGGCCUGCUGCUACAGGGAGGAAGAAGAGGAGGAGGAGGAGGAGGAAGGAGAGGAGAAAGGAGGGAGAAAGGGUGUGGAGGAGGAGGAGAAGAUGGAGGAGGGUGAGGAAGAGGAGGAGGAAGAGGAGGGUGCACGGGGGGAGCGUGUCGGUCAACCUGGCCGGCGACGGCUGCAGGUCCAGUCGGUGGUGGUGGAGGAGGAUGAGGGCAGCCCCGUGGAGCCGCCCGAGGAUGACGAGGCGGCAGAGGAGUCGUCCUCGCCCGCCGACGACACAUGAGUUCCGCCCAGUCCCCAGCGCGCCGCCGCCGGGGAUUGUGGGAUAUCGGACAUCCUAUGGGAAUAUUCUUGUUCAGUACCCCUCCCCUAACCCCCCCCCCCCCCCCCAUUUCUGAGGCACCUGCUGGCAAUGUGUGGCCGAGCCAGAGACAAGUAGGACUUACGUAACAACUCAAUAAGACAUUCAAUGUUAUUUUUUGAAAAAGGGAACACAAACAAUACAGAUUGAUGCGUAAAUAACACAGCCACUGUAGAACUGAAGGGGAAAACUGGGAGUGUUGUCAAACAUGGGUUUGAGAUUUAGAGUGGAGAGAGAGGAACUUAGGGAGCCAUUUGUUGUAGGGCUAUUGGAGAUAGUGUAGCACCCUGGAUCCAUCACACACACACACACACACACACACACACACACACAGCCAGACACCUAGUAAGAUAAAUAUCAAAUAUCACAACAUGCAUAAGAAUAUAUGCACGCAUAUAUGUAUGUGUGUGUGAUGAGCUGUAAUGGGGAUUUAGACUGAAGGUGUAUCUUUUUGGAAUAAGCCAUCUCUAUAUGGAAUAACUAAAUGGUGAGUAUCAAGUCUGUGUUUGUCAACAUUUUACAGUAGAACUCUGUCCUCCUCAGAACUACCUAUGAUAAACGACCCUGAGGGACUUAUUUUUCCAUUUCUGUCGGAAAGAAUCCGUCAGGACGCUGGUUCCUGUGAGCGAGCUAGCAGGUCGCGCAAGGCGACGAGGACAGGAUGUUGUUGUUGUUGUUGUCGUUGUCGUCAGGGGGGAUCUCGGUCUCAGAGACUGGACUGCCAUUCCCUUCCUGUCUACCCUUUACCAGGAGUGCUACCGGAGCAAGAUGGCUGCGUGCCUUUCUGAACCAGCAGCUCCCCAAACUGGAGCUGUCACGAAGCAAUGCAUCGUGGGACAGGAGUGUCAGCUUUUGUCUUCAUUUUUUGAUUGUCACUUGCUUUAAAGGAAGAAAAUAAUAAUAAUACAAUAUUAACUGAUCUCAGAUUUUUGUUUGUCAAACAUUGACAUUGGCAUUUUUUGAAUGUUGUAAGUCUUCCUUUUACUGCUUUUGUGUUCCUCAUCACCAUCAUUAGCAUCAAGGAGAAUUUAAUUUUGUUGUGUGUGUGUGUGUGUGUCAUAUAAAAAAUGAUAGUCACUUUCUGAGGAUAAGCCAUGUGAUGCUUUUUAACAUAUGUUUCGCCUAAAUUCUACUUACAAUAUUGUAGUCCUGCCAAAUAAUGCGGAAGCAACAGAGUAAUGUCAAGAGCAGCACAGUUUCACACCCCGCCUCUCACCCGCAAACCACCCAUCACAUACUGUAUGUAACGCUCGGUCUUGCCCAAACGUUCUCAGUCAUGUCUUGCCAAACGGACUGGUUGGAAGCCAGAUCAAGCAGAGGAGCUUUCCAUAUGGUCAGCGAAAGACAACAAAA